UGCCGCCGCCGCGCUUCCGGUCUCUGCUGGUGCACGACCGGGCGCCGGCCGGUUAGCUUGCAUGCAUGGCGGAGUCGCCGCUGGGAGCGCUCUGCCGCGGAGGGGGGUGGUGCUACGCGGCGAUCUGGCGCUCCGAUCGUCGUGACCCACGGUUGCUGACCAUCGGUGAGUUCCACACUGAAGAUGAUGCCAGAAAUGUUGUUGAGAAGAUGCUUAAUCAGGUCCAUGUUGUUGGAGAAGGUAUCAUAGGGAGGGCGCUAGUAAGUAGAGAGUGUGAAUGGAUUUCUGAUACUUCCUUUAGUUCUGUACAGACAAGUGAUGCAGAUAACCAAGACUUAUUUCAGGGCUAUACUUGGUGGCAGCAUCAGUUCCUGUGUGGAAUAAAGACUAUUGCAGUAGUACCUAUUUCAGAUCUUGGUGUGGCACAGUUUGGUUCCAUGGAAAAGGUUUCUCAGAGCUUGGAGUUUCUGGAUCAAGUUAAGGGCACAUUUUGUCAGAGGGAAAUCAUUCCAUGGGAUCUUUCUGCCGAAGAAAUUCAAAGAAAUAUUUUCCUCUAUGAUCAGCGAUUUCAACAUAGUUCAAGUAUUACAGAUGGUCUUACAAAUAUAAAGGUUGACCCAGAAAACAAGAAACUUCUGGAGAAUUCAGCAAGUGUAGAAUCUCUAUGGAGUUUAGCAAGUUCUUCAAGCAAAUACUCUCGUAGUUCUUCAAAUGGUUUCACCUCCUAUGAAAGCUGCAACAGUAUGAAUCCUCAUAUAGUGGCCAUGCCAGUGAACUCCAAAUCAAUAAAUGCAGUGAGAGCAUUUAAUAAUACCGGAAAUUUGCUGCAGCACAAUAUUGGUUCAGAAAAUCCAUUGCAGAUCAAAUUACGUAAACAUUCUGAUUCUAAUCCGGCAAGUGUGACAAAAGCUUUUUCAAGUUUGAACAAUCUUCCAAGGAUAGAGAACGAGACAUCACGUGCACCAAACAAGCUAGGAUAUUGCAUGCAAAACGAGAAGCCAUAUAGUUUUCAGAGUUCAUUCGCAUCUUGUUUUUCUGUGGGUGACGAGCUGAAGCCAAUUUUAUUUGACAGUGCCACUUCCUUUGUUCAGAAUGACCUAGUGCAAGAGUUCAAUCCCACUGGAUUUACUUCUCAGGCUGAUUGUGCAGUUCAUGAGUUACCCAAAGAAAUUCCGGGGGAAACAGCUGCUGGAGUACUACAUUCUGACAUUAGAAGUAUCAAUGGAAGUCCUGAUUUGCUGGAUGGUACAAUAUUUGAUCCCUUUGUGCAAGAUUGGUGGGAUGAGAAUGCCUUGAUAGGAGGAAACAUUCCCAAUUUUGGUGCCACUACCGCCAACACUGUUGCAGAACAUGCAAGCAGCUACCCAUUGUCAGUUGAAGAGAGGUGCUUGUUUUCAGAAUCUGUGUUCGAGGAACUACUUGGUGUUAGUGGCAACGUGAAUACGGAUACACCAAGUGGUCCAGAUGUGACGGGGGCCAGUGACCCAUUAGUUGGCUGUGUCUCAGGCUGUCAGUUGCCAACUUACACUCUUCAGGACUCUCUUUCAGUGUGCAAGGCACAGGCACCAUCACUGGAUUUCCCUUCCGGCAGUGAUACGUCUGAACAUGUGCCAGACGGAGCAUCAAAGUUAAUCCCGGUGUCCCUGGGCACUUUAUCUAUGGACGAUUGUUGCAGCUUGAACACGGCGCACUCCAAGGUCAGCCAGGUUAAGAAGCCUGAGGAAGUGAAGGUUGUGAAGAAAAGAGCCAGACCGGGCGAGAGCACACGGCCAAGACCAAAGGACCGGCAGCAGAUCCAAGAUCGUGUCAAGGAACUACGUGAGAUUGUUCCAAACAGUGCAAAGUGUAGCAUUGACGCUUUGUUGGACCGAACAAUCAAACAUAUGCUCUUUCUGCAAAGCGUAACGAAGUAUGCCGAGAAAAUUAAGCAAGCUGAGGAACCCAAGAUGAUCAGCAAGGAUAGUGGUGCUGUCUUGAAAGAGAACUCAAGUGGUGUUGUGCUGAAAGAUAACUCUAGUGCUGCAAGCAAUAAUGGUGGUGCCACUUGGGCCUAUGAGGUUGCAGGACAGACCAUGGUGUGCCCAAUAAUCGUCGAGGAUCUUUCUCCACCUGGUCAGAUGCUCGUGGAGAUGCUAUGUGAGGAACGCGGUUUUUUCCUGGAGAUAGCAGACACAAUACGCGGAUUUGGGCUGACAAUCUUAAAGGGCCUGAUGGAGCUCCGUGAUGGCAAGAUAAUGGCUCGAUUUCUCGUUGAGGCAAACAAGAAUGUUACGAGGAUGGACAUAUUCUUGUCACUUGUUCAGUUGCUACAGCAAAAUAGCCUCAACCGAUCCCCUGACCAGAUAGCAAAGGUCAUUAGGAAUGGGGUUCCAUCGUUUGCAGAGCAUCAGCAAUCUCCAAUAUCAGUCCCGGUCGCCCUUGCAGAUAGAUGACAGAUUAACAGUGUGACCACAGACAUUUGGAUUAGAUCAAAUUAGGAGGCAUCAACUGAAAACAUUCAGAAUGCUGAUUGCCGCUGGAAGUUUGACUACCAAGGGGGGCAAAGGGCCGUUAGAGAUGACAAGUUUAGAUGAUGUAACAAUAUGUCAAUUGCAUCAUUAAGAAUGAGUAUAUGCUCUCCAGUUAGUGAUGUUCAUUCGAAGAUGUACAAAUACUAAACCGACCUAGGAAUCAGGCUUGUAAUCAGGAUUCAGGACACUGUUGUGACUGCAUGUUGUUCUGUGUGUAGUGAUUUGUUGAAUUGUUUUUUUUUUCUUUGGCGUACAAAUAACUUC